AACUCGAGCAACUCUUUCUACAAAAGAUCAUUCACGAGCCUACAAUCUCUUCAAAUUUAUAAAUGGCUUCUGAACUGAGAUUUGACGGACGUACUGUCAUUGUUACUGGAGCUGGUGGAGGCCUUGGAAGAGCAUACGCUUUGUUCUUCGCAACCCGUGGCGCCAAUGUUGUUGUUAACGACUUGGGUGCCUCAGCUACUGGAGGCGGCGCUAACAGCAAGGCUGCUGAUGUCGUUGUCGAUGAAAUUCAAAAGGCCGGAGGCAAGGCCGUCGCCAACUACAACUCUGUUGAGGACGGUGACAAGAUUGUUGAAACUGCCAUGAAGGCCUUUGGACGUGUCGAUAUCAUCAUCAACAACGCCGGUAUCCUUCGCGACAAGUCUUUCACCCGUAUGUCUGAUGCUGACUGGGAUCUCAUCCAAGCCGUCCACGUCCGCGGCUCAUACAAGGUCACCAAGGCCGCAUGGCCCAUUUUCAAGAAGCAAAAGUUUGGCAGAAUCAUCAUGACUGCAUCUGCUGCCGGUCUUUACGGUAACUUUGGUCAAGCAAACUACAGUGCUGCCAAGCUGGCAUUGGCAAGUUUCUCUUCCUCACUCGCCAAGGAAGGUGCUAAGGACAAUAUUCACUGCAAUACCAUUGCUCCUAUGGCAGCUUCAAGAAUGACUGAAACGAUCAUGCCCCCGGAUAUCCUCCAAGCACUCAAGCCUGAAUUCGUCACACCUGUUGUUGGAUACCUUUGCCACGAAAACACCGAAGAAAAUGGUGGUGUUUUCGAAGUUGGUGCUGGUUUCGCUGCUAAAUUGAGAUGGGAACGUUCUCAAGGCGCUGUGUUCAAGGCUGAUGAUACUUUCACCCCUGCUGCUGUUGGUGCUAAGUGGGAAGAGAUCACUGACUAUAGCAAAGGUGUUGAAUACCCCUCCACUAUUACCGAUACCGACUUCGUUGGCCUUUUAGAACAAGCCAAAGCAUUGGAGUCCAACCCUAAAGCCGAACCUCUCCGUUUCGAUGGCCAAGUUGCCAUCGUUACUGGCGCUGGUGGUGGUCUUGGUAGAGCUUAUGCUCUUAUGCUGGCCAAUCUCGGUGCCUCAGUUGUUGUCAAUGAUCUCGGAGGCUCUCACACUGGCCAAGGUCAAGAUUCCAAGGCUGCCGAUGUUGUCGUUGAAGAAAUUCGCAAGGCCGGCGGCAAGGCUGUGGCCAACUAUGACUCUGUGGAAGAUGGUGACAAGGUCGUCGAAACGGCUCUCAAGGCUUUCGGCAGAGUAGAUAUCCUUGUCAACAAUGCUGGUAUUUUGCGUGACAAGUCCUUUGCCAGAAUGACCGAUCAAGACUGGGACCUUGUUCACCGUGUCCAUCUUAGAGGAACAUACAAGGUCAUCAAGGCUGCAUGGCCCCAUUUCCUUAAGCAAAAGUACGGUCGUAUCAUCAACACUGCCUCCGCUGUUGGCCUUUACGGAAACUUUGGACAGACCAACUACUCUGCUGCUAAGCUCGGUAUCGUCGGUUUGACCAAGACUUUGGCUCUUGAAGGCAGAAAGAACAACAUUAUCUGCAACGUCAUUGCUCCUAAUGCCGGUACUCGUAUGACUGCUACUGUUAUGCCUCCUGAGAUGGUUGAGGCUUUCAAGCCUGAAUAUGUUGCUCCUCUCAUUGGAUAUCUCGCUCAUCAAAACACUGAAGAAACUGGAAGCAUUUUCGAAGUUGGAAGUGGAUGGAUUGCCAAGGUUCGCUGGCAACGAACCGGUGGUGUCGGCUUCCCCGCCAACAAGCCUUUGUACCCUGAACAAAUUGCUGCUAACUGGGCCAAGAUUGUUGACUUCGAAGAUGGUCGUGCCACUAACCCUAACAGCACCCAAGAGGCUUUCCAGAGCUUCAUGGAGAACUUUGGCAAUGUUUCUGAGGAAGCUCCUGCUGCCAAGGAAAACAAGUCUGAGGGUGGCCUUGAUAUCGAAGCUGCUAAGAAGCUUGACUUUGAAACCUUGGAAUUUUCUUAUGGCGAGAAGGAAGUCAUCCUUUAUGCUCUCGGUGUUGGCUGCAAGCGAACUGACCUCAACUUUGUUUAUGAGAACGACGAAAACUUCUCUGUUCUUCCCACCUUUGGUGUUAUUCCAUCCUUCGCUGCUAUGAAUGCUGUUCCUUUCGGCGAAUUCUUGCCCGAUUUCAACCCUAUGAUGUUGCUUCACGGUGAACAAUUCCUCUCCCUCAAGAAGCCCAUUCCUACCAGUGGCCAAUUCAAAUCCAAGGCUAAGGUCAUUGAAGUUCUUGACAAGGGCAAGGGUGCUUCAGUCGUUCUCGGCGUCACAACCACCGAUGAGAGCGGUGAAGUCCUCUUUGAAAACGAGUUCACCUUGUUUAUUCGUGGCAUUGGUGGCUUUGGUGGACCCAAGAAGGGUAGUGACCGCGGAGCUGCCACUGCAGCUAACGCACCUCCCAACCGCAAGCCUGAUGCUGUCGUCACUGAGAAGACUAACGAAGAUCAAGCUGCCCUUUACCGUCUCAGCGGUGACUUCAAUCCUUUGCACAUUGAUCCCUCCAUGUCUGCUAUGGGUGGCUUCGACGUUCCUAUCCUCCAUGGUCUUUGCUCAUUCGGUGUUUCCGGUAAGCAUGUCCUCAAGGCAUUCGGUAACAACGAUCCUGUCAACUUCAAGAACAUCAAGGCCCGCUUUGCCAAGCAUGUCUUCCCUGGAGAAACUCUUGAGACUCAAAUGUGGAAGGAAGGAAACAAGAUCAUUUUCCAAACUCGUGUCGUUGAGCGUGAUGUAAUCUGUAUCAGCAACGCCGCUGUUGAGCUUAACGGUGGUGCCGCUCCUGAAGCUGCUCCUUCCGCCGGCAAUGCUGGAUCUAGCAAUGUUGGAGAAGCCGGAUUUGCCGCUUCCUCCAUUUUCGAACAAGCCAAGAAGCAAAUGGAUGGUGCUUCCGAUGCUGAAAAGCAAGAGCAAAUUAAGAAGGCUAAGGCUCUCUUCCAAUUCGAUAUCACCAACGGUGAAGGCAAGUCCCAAACCUGGUGGAUCGACCUCAAGCAGAAGGGUGAUGUUGGCAAGGGCAAGCCCCCUGGUAAAUCCGAUGUCACUAUCGUCAUCAAGGAUGCUGAUUUCAUGGAUCUUGCAUCUGGUAAGCUCAAUGGUCAAAAGGCUUACAUGCAAGGAAAGUUGAAGAUCAAGGGUCAGAUGAUGCUUGCUACCAAGCUUGGAGACAUCCUCAGCAGUGGUUCCAAGUCCAAGUUGUAGGUUUCUAUACUUUACAAUUUUUAUUCUAUUACGUAUUACUUGGUUUGUCGUAUCUUCAAAAUAAAGAACAAGAACAAUUGUAUAUAACAAAAUCGAUCCCCGCUGGCUCGGUAUUGAUCCCUCGGUUAAACUGUAUUUGGAAGUGUGACAGCGUUGGUGUAUUUAACGACAGGGUCCUGCCGGUUGCUGUCAUAUUCCCCAGCUACACAUCAUUAGAAUAAUGACAUCCAAUCGC